UUCUUCCCUUCCGUACUUCCUUCCUCUUAUUAUCUGCUUCUUUAUCUCCUCCUGCUCUCAGACGCUAUGCGUCAACGAGUCAACUCCAACACUUUCGUACCCAAAGGUAAUGCAGGAGUCAAUUCCAGCUCUGAUGCAGUCUUUUUUAAUGCCUCAACUGCCAAUGCCGUGCCUCCGACAAAAGGCUCAUUUGACCAUAGUGACAUGGCCACCAGUCCCCACGACGAAGUAAUGCAGUUACAGAUUGCACUAGCCGUCUCCAAAUCAGAGCAUGAGGAGGAGCGAAUGAAGCGUCGGAAGCAUGAGGACACAUUGCUGCAGUUGGCAUUGGAGGAGAGCAAGAAGUCAGAGGUGCGUGGCCCAGAGGGAGCUUGA